GGAUAUAUUUUUUAAGAGCAAACACAUUUUGACAAAAGUCAUCAGCAAUUCACCAUAGUCAAGCUGAGAGAGAAAGAGAAAAAAUGGUGGAUUGAAUUGAAAUUUGGAUCAGAAGCAAAGCUGAAGCAGUGAUAUGUAAAGAAGAUUCAUCAUGUUUCUUCGCCAUGAGGCAGAGGGACAACAAGACAAAAAUACCUAAAAUCUGCAAUCUUUUUGUUUUAUCCAGUCAUAUGGAUCAUCUUGCUCCAUACGUUGCUAGUUUCAUAAACCUAAUUAAUUAAUCCAUUUUUUGUAUUCUUAGAUCCAAUUUUUGGAUUUAAGAUUUCCCAUUUAUAAUUGGGUAUCCUUUACAUUUUUUCAUAAUUAAUCUUUGAGCCUCCAAUCAAUGGAGCCUCGUGUUGGAAAUAAGUUUCGUCUCGGACGGAAAAUCGGAAGUGGUUCGUUUGGUGAGAUCUACCUUGGGACUAAUGUUCAGACCAAUGAAGAGGUUGCAAUUAAGCUGGAAAAUGUGAAGACAAAGCAUCCUCAACUACUCUAUGAAUCAAAGCUAUAUAAAAUACUACAAGGAGGAACUGGAAUCCCCAAUUUAAAAUGGUUUGGAGUUGAAGGAGAUUAUAAUGUCCUUGUGAUGGAUUUACUUGGACCCAGUCUUGAAGAUCUCUUCAACUUCUGCAGUAGGAAGCUGUCCCUAAAGACUGUUCUUAUGCUUGCAGACCAGAUGAUAAAUCGGGUCGAAUUUGUUCAUGCCAAAUCUUUUCUUCAUCGAGAUAUAAAACCAGACAACUUCUUGAUGGGAUUAGGAAGACGUGCAAAUCAGGUCUAUAUCAUUGAUUUUGGGCUGGCUAAGAAGUUUAGGGACUCCACCACUCAUCAGCAUAUUCCAUAUAGAGAAAACAAAAAUUUGACAGGAACUGCCAGAUAUGCAAGCAUGAAUACUCACCUCGGCAUCGAACAAAGCCGAAGGGAUGAUUUGGAAUCACUGGGUUAUGUCCUAAUGUACUUCUUAAGAGGAAGUCUUCCUUGGCAGGGGCUGAAAGCAGGGACAAAGAAACAGAAGUAUGAGAGGAUCAGUGAGAAGAAAGUUUCAACAUCAAUAGAGACAUUGUGUCGUGGCUAUCCUACAGAGUUUGCAUCAUAUUUUCACUACUGUCGAUCACUGCGGUUUGAGGAUAAACCAGAUUAUGCUUAUCUCAAGAGAAUUUUCCGUGACCUUUUCAUUCGUGAAGGUUUUCAGUUUGAUUAUGUAUUUGACUGGACCAUUUUGAAAUAUCAGCAGUCACAGCUUGCCAAUCCUCCAUCUCGUGCUCUUGGUGGUACCGCUGGACCAAGUUCCGGGAUGCCUCAUGCUCUUGCUAAUGCUGAGAGGCCAUCAGGUGGUGAAGAAGGUCGGCCUGCUGGUUGGUCGGGCAAUCUUGCUCGUAAUAGGAACACGGGGCUGCAGUUCAACUCUGGGAGCUUAGCAAAGCAAAAAGGGACAGUUGCCAAUGAUUUAUCCAUGGGUAAAGAGUUAUCUAGUUCAAGUUUUUUCCGGACUAGUGGAUCAACUAGGCGUCCAGCUGUCUCUAGCAGUCGUGAUCCAGUGAUCACCGGUGUUGAACCUGAUCCCUCUCACAUUCGGAAAACAGAUGCAAGUCCAGGACAGCUCCGUAAAACUUCCAGUGUUGCUCAGAGAAGUUCACCAGUCAUGUCAUCAGAUCAGAAGCGCAGCUCCUCCACUAGAAUGGACAAGAACUUUGAGGCCGCCCUUAAAGGAAUAGAGGGCCUAAGUGUCAAAAAUGAUGAGAGGCUGCAUUACUAGCUUUGCUGCUUUAUCUCAGUUCUCUCUGGUUACUGCAAAAUCUUGGCAGAAAAAUUGCAUCAACUUUGGGUAUAUCGCUACGAUUUGCCAUCAGGAAAGGCUAAAACUAGAAAUUAAUGUGAGAUCCCUCUAGUAAUCUUUGGCAUAUGCUUCUUCUGUACAUUUGGCACUUUCUUUUUUCUCAUCUCCCUCUCUCUAUCCCCCUUUAUGAGAGUUCUGUGCAUUUUCAAUGGUGUUAUGUUGUGAAUUAUGAAUGUAUUUUUGUAUGGUUGGAGACUAAAUAUUCACUUGAGACUUGUUGUAUUGGAGUUACACCCAUCUUUUUGCCAUUGUGCUUGAAUCUGAAUUGCAAGUUGUUGAGUGUUUA